UCCUGUUAUUACUAUUCUUUUUGGUCCAUGUAAAGGGUGACAUCAUGGCAUUAGUGUGUCUUUUUCCCAUUUCCUACCCUUUCUUGCGCUAUUGAAACCUGCAAAAAAACAAAGGUUUGGUUUUACGUGCACAUUUAAUUAGGCUCUUUGCUCAUCAUUAGCAUGUCACAUAUUUAAUCAGUGUCUGUUUGUACAUGACCAGCUGGAAAGUAGAGCAUCAUACACAAAUUUAUAAGUGCAAACAGCAGCUCAUUUCCAUGUACUCUUUAAUCAAACUGCAUGUAUUUUCUACUAUACCAAGGGCACAAAUGUGCGGUCAUUUCUGAAUUCCAUGUGGCAAUGUCCACCCUUAGUGUUUUAGUUUGUCUGUUACUACUCAGUUGUUCUCCAUUUUGUCCUUUACUGAAGAUGGGAGAUUCGACCUUUCAAACAUUUUUCAACUUACCUGGGGACCUCAAACUGGGCGGCCUGUUCGCUAUACAUGAUGAAGUCAACAUGUCGAGCAGCUGGGGAAAUGAUGGAACUACCAAAUGCAAAAACUUCAAUGUCCAUGAGUUUAUUGGGUUAUUGGCAAUGAAGUUUACGGUGGAGGAAAUUAACAACAGCAGUACCAUUCUGCCCAAUACCCGUCUUGGAUAUGACAUAUAUGAUACCUGCUGUGAUACAAAUGCCACACUACAAGCAGCUUUGAGAUUUCUUUCUGAGAGAGAGGAUAGCUCUAUCCCCGUAGUCUGUAACUACACCAAUUUUGAGCAACAAGUCGUGGCUGUGAUUGGGCCAUCAACAUCAGAAAUGGUUGCUGCAACUGCUAAACUAUUCGGCUUUUUCCUGUUACCCCAGAUAAGCUAUCAGGUUUCCAAUGAAAGGUUCAGUGACAAGGCCAUCUACCCAUCAUUUCUACGCACCAUCCCUGGUUAUAUAACCCUGACUCAGGGAAUCGCAAACCUUCUAAAAGAGUUUCAGUGGAACUGGGUGGGCACAGUGGCUAGCAAAAAUGAAUACGGUAAGCAAGGACUCUUCCUGUUCAAUGCUGAGGCUGCCCAAGCUGGCAUUUGCAUUGCCUAUCAAGCUUACAUGCCGGAGAAUAAAAACAACCCAAAUUUCAAUGCAUCUAUGCAGAACCUGAUUCUUCAACUUCAGAACACAGGAGUUAAUGUCACCAUUGUGUUCUCCACCGUAGAGGAAACGGAACUCUUCUUUAAAGCUGUGAUAGAUUCCCAGUUAAAAAUGGUCUGGAUUGCCACAACAACCUGGUCCCAGUCUACGUCUCUCCAGCAGAUGCCAGGUAUACAGUCCAUUGGUACAGUCAUUGGUUUUUCUGAAACAAGUAAAUCUUUGCCUGGGUUUAAAGACUACGUACAGCAUAUUCUACACCUGAUUCAAAAGGAAAAUAAGCUUAUUUUCAAUGGUAGCACAACAAAUUCAAAUAUCAGCCAGCAGUAUGUUUUCCAGACUAAAGACCUUCUGGAACAAUGUGAAUCAUGCAGCUUGUUAACGCCUGACAACAUAACAAUGCUACAGGACCCUAUGGCACUUGGCCUGGUAUAUCGAGUGUAUAUUGCUGUCCACUGCAUUGGCCAAGCUAUUCAUAAUACUGUGCAUGGUCUAGAUGGUCAGUGCAAGGAUGUGUAUGAUAUACUUCCUUGGCAGCUUCUGCAAGAACUGAAGAGUCAGAACUUCACUUUUGCUAAUAUCACUUUUGAUGCUUCUGGGGGAAUAAAUAUGGGUUAUGAUAUAUUAACAUGGACAUAUGAUAAAAAUAAACCAUUCAACACUGUGGGAACUUUCUGGAAGAAGCUGACCAUCAACAGAUCUCAGAUUAUAUGGUACAGUAUGAAGGUCCCAGAGUCUACAUGUUCCCGGCAAUGUUCAGAAGGUCAGGUCAAGUUGAUCAAAGACUUCUGCUGCUUUGAAUGUCUUACUUGUCCCGAGGGAACCUUUGUAAACUCCACAGAAUGUACACCGUGUCCUUCUGGCCAGUGGUCCAAGUCAGGAAGCAAAGCCUGCCAAGAUCCAGUCUUUUUUUUUCUAACAUGGAGGAACUAUUUUGUGAUUGCCCUUCUUAUAUUUAUGGGACUAAUCAUGGUCAUUACUGGCACAGUGGCUGUGAUCUUAUUCCAGAAUUGGCACACCCCUCUGCUUGUUGCUUCUGGUAAAUCUGAGAGCUUUAUGACUCUGCUAGGUCUGGUAUGUAUGUGUUCCUCCAUUUUCUUUUAUAUUGGAAAACCUUCUGACAAAAUGUGUUUUCUACAGCAGCCCAUGCUUUCCUUGAGCUUCACUGUAUUUCUUGGGCCGAUACUGGUCAAAUCUAUACAGCUUCAGUUUAGUUCUUUGUCUACUGGAUCCUGUUUGUAUUGGUUACUUUAUCCAGGAAGAUGGAGCAUCCUAAUAUGUACAUUCCUGGGUCAGUUUUUCUUCUGUGCCUUGUAUGUAAAGUCCUCCCAGCCCUUCUCGGUAAAGCUGGCAUCACUUGACGUGAGUUCCCUGGCCAUUUAUCUUAGUUGUGAAUGUGAACCACUGCUCCAGUUUGGCUUGAUGUUUGCCUACAACGGGCUGCUGGUCUUGUUAUCCUUUAUAUGUUCUUUCAUGGCUGAAAAACCCAUCCACCAGUAUCACAUGGCAAGAGAUAUCACCAUAGCCAUGCUGACUGUGAUUCUUGCCUGGAUCAUUUUUAUACCCACUUACGUCAGCACAGACAUUGGCUACAAAUCUCUCAUUCAGAUGGUUUUUAUUCUGAGCAGCUGUCUGGGGGCUCUGUCUGCUGUUUUCUUCCCGAAAUGUUACAUUCUGCUCUUUAAGAAGGAAAUGAACAACAGUGAAUAUUUCAGCACUUGUAUUCCAGACAGUCAAGAGGAAAAGACAAAUGAGUAGACACAAUUCGAUUGGCUAACUUUCCUGAACUUUUGUUAGCAUAAUAAAAUAUCUUUAAAGAAUCAA